ACCACCAACACUCCUUUUGCGGCUCCUAGUUUAAAUGAUGUCUCAGUUCCAAACUAACUUUGUUUUUGGUUUCUGUUUCCUGCUACGAAAAUACUACAAUAAUACAGCAUAACGGUGGCGAUGUGCUCAUACUCACAUCUGGGAGCUACUACUGGCAACCCGGUCACUGUUCCUCAUAUCCAGGCACAGCAGGACCUGCCCAUCGUCGAUCGUAUCCUGGAGCCUCAGACGAUCGCGCACUUCAUUGAAUUUGCCCUGGGGCGCUCACUCCCUGACGGCAGCCGACCCUCGUCUAUCGACACUCUGGCCGAUGACGAGGUUGUCUUCCUACGGAGCAGCUACCCACCGGGUUCUGAUGGAGAGCCUAUCUUAAACCGUGUUGUAAGCCGGAUUGGCUCAGAAGAUGACCAUGGUCGUCUCUGCAUUGUUGGCAAAAACAUCCAGUCACUCAAGUCCCGUCUAUGGGAGGGAAUCACACCUUUGAGCGAUCAAAGGUGGCAGGAGAAAGGACUCCACAUCCCAGAUAACUUUCAUGAAGCUUGUCAACAUCUAUCGGCUGUGGUCGCGGUGUUUGAGUAUCUCAAUAUCCGAAAAGUCCGACAGAAUCUUCGCGAGACUUUCAACCUCAUUUAUGAUCAUUUCGAAACAUUAGACACUGUGCUCAAUCAGCAGAGAACUGAGAAUGGUGCAGAGCAUAUCAGUGUCGCUAGUCUUUGGACAACGUACAUGACUGCCCAUUUCAAGGUGAUGACUGAGCGUGCGCAUACAUGGGUCGUGCAGCAUGUCGAUGCUCUACGAGCUCCAUUGUUGCAAGGUCUGUUAAGCCACGAGUCUUCGCUCGAAGGAUCGGGGACUCCGGACCAAAUGCAGUGGCAACUUACCGAUGCGCUGCACAUGUUACUAGAAAUCUCCGUACGUGCAGACUAUAUGAUCAUGAUCCCGAUGGAAGGCUACAAAGGAUAUACGACCCCAAAAAAUGGCAGCGGUUUACCAAAACUGUACUCCCCAGACUUGACUGAGCGGGGCAGACUGUACUCCGAGCGCGUGAAGAUACUCAAUCACCAAGCCAUUUAUAUGAACCUCCUGAUUAGAGGUGGCAUAACUAACCAACCUUCCGGGGUGUCAUAUCAUGAAUCGACAAUGGGGCAGAUCGAUGCCCAAAAACAAGUGAGAAAAGAGCUGCGCGGGGAUUCGACUGAUUCUAUACUGCAGGAGCACUGGAUUACUCAUCGCUUGGACACUAUCCGUUACGCGGAGGAGAAAAAUAACUCGCUAAAAGACUGUGGUCUGGUCAUUUAUCGUCUAACAUACGGGCAAUCCGAGACUGAAUGGGCGGAAUUCGUCCAGAAACUCGAAGCACACGUGUCUGGUUGGGAAAAAGGCGAGAAGGGAAGUGAUGCCAUCAAACCGCAUUUAAAACUUCACUGGAUAGAUGGAAAGGAACUGGGGUUAGCCGAGGGUGACAUUGAAGCAGCCAAAAAACAUUUCAUCGAGACCGUAAAUAAUGACGAGGGGAAGGAGGACAAGGAAAGAACAAUACCUCUGAACCCACAAUCAAACGCCUUUCUCGUCAUCGACUCCGCCUCCUUCGAAUCUUACACCACCGACUUAUAUGGCGCCGCAACAUCCAUGGUUCUCCCAGGCGACUUCACCGGCUUCGUUCUCGCCAUCGAUCCGUGGUUUGACCCGAAAAAGGGCAUCGACCGACCGGAAGAGUCGCCCGGUUACUGCGGCAAGAUGCGUAUUCUCGGAAGUCUAGUUUGGGGCGACCUGUUUGCCCUACUGGAAUCCCAAUCAGCCAGGCUUGAUGACCUGUGGCCGCUGGCAAUGCACCACCCAAACCAGGUGUACGUUGGCCCAACCGUCCCGCUUCAGGUGUUCAACUGGCGAACCCAGAACGCAGUUCGCUGGAACAUGGUAAGCGAGAUAAUGCAGCAUGUAAAGCGCAAGAUGGGACGGGAAAGUAGCUAGGAGUUGGAGCGUUUUGCAAGUUAUAUUUCAACGGUUCAUACGCCACAGGUUUAGACGUAGCUGUGUGAUUGCGGAUUGGAUGAUUGGAUAUUACUGAUUCUGCGACCAGACGUAUAUUUAUGGACUGAUAUCUCUCAUUGGCUUUUAAAUUCAUCCAAAUUCGACUAGACUAUGAGAGGCAGCAGAAUUAAAAAUAGCAUAAAAAGUAGCAUUAGGCGUGUGGUAAAUACAAAGGAACAUAAUAUAGCUGA